UCUAUGGGGUUUGGUGUGGGAGGUGGUCUCAGUUUAAGCUCUGGAGGAGUUAGAACUGGAAGAAGAUACAACCUUUGACCCUUCACCAUUUCUUUUAAGUAUCAUCAUCCAAUUCAGAGGUCUCAAACACGUGGCCUGUGGGCCACAUGCGGCCCCCCCAAAUCAAUCUAAUGCUGCACAACAUUUAAUAUCAAGUUAUUUCUUUCUAUUUUUAUUAUUAAUAGAUUGAUUUUGCGUCAUAAAUCCGUUUGUAUUGUAAACCAUUUAUCGUCCCAUGUCAAAGCAAAGACUUUUAUUGUGAAAUGUCAUCAUAAAUAUUGUUUCUCGUUUCUUAUGACUGGCCCCGAGGUCAUACGAGAUUAUGAGAGGUCCCUGAUCCAACGGAAUUCUGUGAUGGAGGAGAAUGUAGUUUCACCUGAUGUCCACUUGAGGGCGACAAAGCAUAGCAGGCGCCAAGAGCCGCUGGAGGAGGACGGUCCGGUGGGAGGCGGUAGAUGUCAGCGGCGGCUCCGCUUCUGGAAGUCAUGAGCCGCCCGUCUUCAGCCGGAGCCGGGGGAGGAGGGGCCGGGAAAGCAGGCGGAGGGAAGCAUGGAGGCUCUGGAGGAGUCACCGCCGGUGUCGCAGCGGCAGCCGCCUCCGGUGUGAGCUCCGUGCCCGGGGGGUCGGGGUCUGUCGCCCCUUCCGUCGCCGUGACCCUGAGCUUGGGCGGCCUGACCGGGCAGCCGUCGGAGCUCACGGCGCUGUUUGAGUGUCCGGUGUGCUUCGACUACGUCCUGCCGCCCAUCCUGCAGUGUCAGGCGGGUCACCUAGUGUGUAACCCGUGCCGGCAGAAGCUGAGCUGCUGCCCCACCUGCCGCGUCCCGCUCACCCCCAGCAUCCGCAACCUGGCCAUGGAGAAGGUGGCGUCCACUCUGCCCUUCCCCUGCAAGUUCUCGUCCUCCGGCUGCCUGCUGUCUCUCCACCACAGUGAGAAACCCGACCAUGAGGACGCAUGCGUGUUCCGGCCAUACUCGUGUCCGUGUCCUGGGGCGACCUGCAAGUGGCACGGCUCCCUGGAGGCCGUCAUGCCGCACCUGACGCACGCGCAUAAGUCCAUCACCACACUGCAGGGCGAGGACAUCGUCUUCCUGGCGACCGACAUCGACCUCCCCGGCGCCGUGGACUGGGUGAUGAUGCAGUCGUGUUUCAGUCACCACUUCAUGCUGGUGCUGGAGAAGCAGGAGAAAUACGAGGGCCACCAACAGUUCUUCGCCGCCGUGCUGCUCAUCGGGACACGCAAGCAGGCCGACAGCUUCGCCUACCGCCUGGAGCUCAACGGUAACCGCCGGCGCCUCACCUGGGAGGCCACGCCCCGCUCCGUCCACGACGGCGUGGCAGCCGCCAUCGUCAACAGCGACUGCCUGGUGUUUGACGCCGCUGUUGCGCACCUGUUCGCCGACAACGGCAACCUGGGCAUCAACGUCACCAUCUCUGCGUGCUGACAUGACUGUGACGGGUGUCUGACACCCGGGGGGAGGGGCCUUUACCCUCCGCCUCCGUCUGUCGUCACCGCAUUGAAAACGUGAUGCGGAACUAUGACCUCACACCGUCUCCACCGGCAGUGACGCAACCUAUGCGUCUCUUUGAGUUUAUCGUGAACUGAAUAAGUCUUUCGGUUUCGAUAUCGCGGUUCGUCAUGGUUGCGACUUUGAGGAUUGUGCAGAGCAAACGUUUGAACAUUGGUUGAUUGACAGGCGUGUCGGCCAAUCGUGGCGCUCACUCACAGGAAGUGACGUUUACGUGAGAAAACUAAUUACAGAGUUGUUUUUGUUUGUAGUUUUUAAAUAUUUAAACUCUUUCUCUAAAUGAGGAUGAAACAUUUUGUAAAAAUUAAAUCCAAUGUUUAUUGAUCGUCUUUUUAUCGAUCAGCUGAUGAACAAAUUAAACCUCAGACGCAAUUUUUUUUUUUUUUACACUUAAAAACCAAAGAUUCAGUUUAUGAAAUAGAAAAUCUUCAUCUUUCAGUGAAUAAACACUUUUUCGCACGGAGAAUACGGAGAAUUCCCAAAAAAUUCUUUACUUUUAUUCGCACGAGAUCAAACAGACGACACAACCUCGAAUGGGGUCUGAUGCUCGGGGGGGCGUGGCCUUUACCCUCCGCCUGUUGUCAUCAGGUUUUAAACUUCCUGCAGUGAUGCCGUAAUGUAAUCUCCACCCCCCAGGCGUGUUUCGCUGCAGCAAUGUAUUUAGAUUUUUUUCUGAUGACUCAGCUGUUUUUACUCCCAGAAGCCCCGCUAUAUUUUUUGGGGUUGGUAAAAAAAAUCGACUGCCCUCUGCUGGAGGAGGCGGAGUCAAGAAUCGCCGCAGAUAAAAGCAGGAAACACACUGUGGGCUGUCACUUUUUCUAGGUUUGUACAAAAAUAUACAACUAAGUCCCCACACACACACACACAAUUGUGACCUUUCUUUUUUUCCCGCUGUUGAACGCACCACAAACUUUGCCGUCAAUUUUUAUCACAGAAACUCAAACACCUGCACGUCUCUUUUCUUUGUCCGAUAUUUACGUUCCUCCAUUCUGAUGGAUUCAAGCCAUGCUCACAGUGCCCCCUGUUGGAGUACAUGUUGUAUGUCGAGACUACAGUGGGGCAAAAAAGUAUUUAGUCAGCCAUCAAAUGUGCAAGUUCUCCCACUUAAAAUGAUGACAGGUCUGUAAUUUUCAUCAUAGGUACACUUCAACUGUAAGAGACAGAAUGUGAAGAAAACAUCCUGGAAAUCAAAUUGUAGGAUUUUUAAAGAAUUUAUUUGUAAAUUAUGGUGGAAAAUAAGUAUUUGGUCAAUAACAAAAGUUCAACUCAAUACUUUGUAAUAUAACCUUUGUUGGCAAUGAGGUCAAACGUUUAAUGUAGGUCUUCACGAGGUUUGCACACACUGUCGCUCAAAAUCUCACGAUACAUGGCCCCAUUCAUUCUUUCCUUAACAAGGAGCAGUUGUCCUAUCCCCUUUGCAGAAAAACAGCCCCAAAGCAUGAUGUUUCCACCCCCAUGCUUCGCAGGAGGUAUGGUGUUCUUGGGAUGCAACUCAGCAUUCUUCUUCCUACGACGAGUAGAGUUUGUACCAAAAAGUUCUAUUUUGGUUUCAUCUGACCACAUGACAUUCUCCCAAUCCCCUUCUGGAUCAUCCAUAUGGUCUCUGGCAAACUUCAGACAGGGCUGGACAUGUACUGGCUUAAGUAGGGGGACACGUCUGGCACUGCAGGAUUUGAUUCCCUGUCGACAUAGUGUGUUACUGAUGGUAACCUUUGUUACUUUGGUCCUAGGUCUCUGCAGGUCCUUCACCAUGUUCAUGUGUAGUUCUGGGAUGUUUGCUCACCGUUCUCAUGAUCAUUUUGACCCCACGGGAUGAGAUCUUGCGUGGAGCCCCAGAUCGAGGGAGAUUAUCAAUGGUCUUGUAUGUCUUCCAUUUUCUAAUAAUUGCUCCCACAGUUGAUUUAUUCACACCAAGCUGCUUGCCUAGUGUAGAUUCACUCUUGCCAGCCUGGUGGAGGUCUACAAUUUUGUUCCUGGUGUCCGUCGACAGUUCUUUGGUCUUGGCCAUGGUUUUUUGGGAUUAAGUGACAGCACCAACACACACACACACACACACACACACGUAUUUAACCGCCAGCGCCUUAAACUUCACCCGCCCCCAUUUUAAUGCCGACAUCCCCACGGAAAACAAAAAUGAAGUUACCUCUGACCUUUGACCCUCACACCCUGGCGGUGUUUUUUCCAACACGACCUUUCACCAAAACUGGACGACUGGUUCGUUCGUUGGAUGAUGUGAUGACGUUGUUUUUGUUGCAGAAAUAAACAUGUGGUAUAAUGUG